AAUGGACCUUUUGAUCUUGAAACUUGUGAAAGGAAAACCCAAAGAAAUAAAGUGUUAAAAAAGGCAUAAAACCCAUCUCCCACUCUGUCUUGGGCUCUUCGUUUGUUUUCCGUAAACCCCUGUUCCUCGUCCUUGCCUGCAGACAAACAACAGACAAUGGCACCUCUGCAGCAUUCUUGUCUGUAGUUGAAAGCGCCAAGUUCUUCCUCUUGCAUGUGUUGGGCCUUUGAUCCUUUGCACAUCUAUGUGCAUCACUUGUUCUUAUAGGAGUUUUGAAAUUUGGAGCAAUUUGAUGGGUUGAAGAAACUGAUUGCCUCUUGCGAAUGGGGGCUUCACACCCUGGAAGCUUAAUUGGUUUUACGAUGUGGACUUGAAGAGCUUGUGGAGAUAUUUUUGGGGAAAAAAUUCUGAUGAGGAUUUCGGUGGUUGUAUCACAAAGAUAGUUAUAUAGCACAUAAAAGAAUUUUGUAUUUCAGAUAACACUUGGUAGGAGUGCAUGUUAUCAAGAUGUGCGGUGUGCCCAUUGAAGAGUGCUGACCAUAAUUUGUUUGAUUUAAAAGCUGUAAAAAAUGUUUGUAUGUGUGUGAUGGAGGUGGCAUUUCUUCAAUCCCUAUAUUUAUUGUGGAUUUCUUUAAAUACUUCAAUCGUGGUGAAGAUGGUGGAAUUGAGGACCUUCAUUAGGACUUUUUUGGAUUUGUUCACUAGAGGAUUGUGAUGAUUAGUUCAUCAAAAAGGGAAGAUGCUAGUUAUUGGUCGACAAUGCUAUGAAAUUGCAUAUGUUAUUUCUUUGGGUCUCGUAUUGAUGUUGGGAUAUAUCAGGAGAGAGAUUCUGUAAGCAGUGUCAAUGCGUUUUUUCUUGUGUUUGUGGUCCACAUUGCAUUAGAAGAGUCAUAGCAGUCUGAGGGACGCGAGGUAUAUGGGUCAAGGGUGUUUAGUGUUUCAUGUCUAUGGCUUUAUAUAAAUUCCGCUGGUGUAUGAUUCCAGCAGGUCCUUAGUCUUUAAUUUCUUUUUUCUCUAGGAUUCGGUUAUUUCCUGUUUUAUUAGGUUUGUUCUUUGAUUAAUUACACCCUUAUGAUUCCCUUUAGACAGAUUUAGUGAUUGAAUAAAAUUGAUGGAACUUUGCUUCUCUGUAGGUUUGUGUGAUUCCUAGAAUCCCUAUUGGUGUAACCCUAGCAGUUUCUAUCUUUUUCUCAUAUUGUUCUCUAACAGUUUUCUCUAACCCUUUAUUUAUUUUUUUUUAUUAAUUUUUUAUAAUUUAAUCUUUUCCUGUGUUUUUUAUACAAGUAAUGCGACCAUCAAGAAAUCUAAACGGGUUGGCAUCCUUUUCUAUUAGAAACUGAGCAUGUCGUGCUUCGUACUCUGUCCCGGAGUUAAAGAUAUUAAAAGGAUUAUUCUCUUCAUUUGUUAUUUUGGAACCUUUAAAAAAUUUUGUUUACUUAUUUAUGAGGUGGUUGUAUUUAUUUUAUUUUGUUGAAACUUCUCUUGGCGAUGUGGGAUGAAAGUGGUGUUUAUCCAAAAACGGGUGUUUGAGGAUAUUGCUUACUACAAAGAAAUCAAUUAGGGUUUAGUCCUUCUGCUUUCCUUGUAGUGAAAUUUUAUAAUACUGGCCCACCUAAGGCAGCUUCUUAAGUAGGUUUGACUGUAGAUAUUGUAAGCAAACAGUGGAAUCUGUAAAUUACUUUUUCUUUGUUUGGUUGCCCCCUUCCUUGUUAGAAUUCCUUGGACGAUGAAGAGUCUGACUUUCUUUUUCUUUUUUUUUUCAUUUUUUUUUUCCCAACUGAAGAAGUGCAUGAAAUUGUGCAAUAUGAUCCCCAUUUUUAAAACUUGUUUUGCUUGUUGGAAACAGAGAGUUUGAUGCUGUAGAAUGAGGAAAACUUUGGGGGAUGCCUCUUCUGUCAUAUGAAACUCAUAUUUCAAACAUAUUAUAGAGUGAUUCAGCGUGUUACUGUGGUACUUUGAAGCAACAGACCAGAUAUUAGUGAGGUGGUUUCAGAUGUGUACAAAAUGCGAUGAUCAUUGCAGUUGCAGAAGAGCUCAACCAAUUUCUGAGGAAAACAAGAAUUUUGAUGAUUCCCGCUCCUUGAUUUUUAAAAGUAGCUCUUCCCAGCUUUCAGCAGUCACCAUGUCUGAAAGUUCUGCACCUAAUCUCGUUUAUAAAAGGAGGAAGUUACGAGGAAACCCUGUCACCGGGUUUCCAGGAGGUCGAGAAAACACUAUAAGUGGUGAUUAUUUUUCUUUUCUAAAUUCUGAAGCUUCUGCAGUUGCUGGUAAGGAACGACUUGCUUCUCAAUUAGAGCAUGAAACUGAAGCCACUCGAGCUCAUUUUGUAGCUCCUCGUUUAUGCAAGAGAGUCUCUCAUGUUUUAAAUUCAGAAUCUUGUAAUGGAUGUUCUGCUGGUGAGGAAUUAGUUUCUGAUGAAGCACCUAAAAAUAACGUGCAAAAACUUUUAGAGGUAAGCAGCGUAAAUGAUAGUUGUUCAUCAUCAAAGUCAAAUAUGGAGCAUGCUUCAACUUCCAUGAAGACUUUAGUACAUGAAACAGGUGAGUGCUCCUCUUCUAGUGCAGUAGUUAUGGAGGUUGUGGGAGACCUGUCUGAAAAGGAUCUAUGCAUCUCUAUUCUUAGAAGCCAUGGACUGCUUGGGGAUUCCCAGGCUACCAUGAACAGUGGUUCUGCUGAAGACACUGGCACCAUUGGCAGUGACAUCCAUCGCCGGUCAUGCACAAUUUGUAGUCGUUCUGGAACCACUUUGAAAAUGCUAAUUUGUGAUCAUUGUGAAGAGGCAUUUCACAUGUCGUGCUGCCACCCCCGUAUGAAGAAACCUCCUAUUGAUGAAUGGUUCUGUCAUUCUUGUUUGAAAAAGAAACAUAAGAUUUUACAGGAGCAAGUGACCCAAAAAUCGCCAAAUAUCACGAGUGUCAUGAGUAGGGAAGCAUCACCCAAGGGCCAAAUGAAUCCCAUAAUGUUAAUGUUGAGAGACAUUGAACUGUAUAGAACUAGUGUUCGGGUUGGCAAAGGGUUUCAAGCGGAAGUUCCUAACUGGUCUGGCCCAACAAAUGGUGAUAUCAAUGGCAUUGGUGAACCAUUGGAAAUAGACUCGUCAGAAUAUGCUAGAUUCAAUGGGCUGAACUGCAAUAAACCUUCUAGACAUAGCUCUAUAGGUAAUUGGCUUCAAUGUCGAGAAGUUGUAGAUCGCUUAAACAGAACUAUUUGUGGAAAGUGGCGCAGCAGGGCUCCUCUUUUUGAAGUCCAAACUGAUGACUGGGAGUGCUUCUGCUCUAUCCUUUGGGAUCCAAGCCAUGCUGAUUGUAACGUGCCUCAGGAACUGGAAACGGAUCAAGUUCUAAAGCAACUGAAGUAUAUUGAGACGCUGAGGCCCCGGUUAUGUGCUAAACGGCAUACUUUGGAUGGAACCAAGAGUGCUGGUGAUCUGAAAACCCCCAUAGUAGGUACAAAAAGUGUACAAACUCUAUGAUAUGAUGAAAACUUGUGACAAGCGUGUAUAGAACCUGGCUCGUUGAGUCGUUGUACAUCAUAGAUAUCAAAUCGAGUUAGAAAUUUUGACCACAGUUAACUGGAUUA